CCUCGAUCUCUUCAGACGGCCACGCGGUGAGGGUCACGCGGUGAGGGUCACGCCGUGAAACUCCCCACAGUGAGACUCCCCGGCUCGCUCCGUCUGCUGCUCGCCCUGUGAACGUCCAGGAAUCGUCCGCCUCUACCUCGAGGGUUCUCGACAACAACAACAGCCGCCGACAUGCGCGAGUGCAUCUCCGUGCACAUCGGCCAGGCCGGGGUGCAGAUGGGCAACGCGUGCUGGGAGCUCUACUGCCUGGAGCACGGCAUCGGGCCCGACGGGCGGCCCCUCGACGCCACGACCCCCGUCUCCAAGGACGACUCCUCGUCCACCUUCUUCGGCGAGACCGACUCCGGCAAACGCGUGCCCCGCGCCAUCUUCGUCGACCUCGAGCCGUCCGUCAUCGGCGAGAUCCGCACGGGCGCGUACCGCCAGCUCUUCCACCCCGAGCAGCUGAUCACGGCCAAGGAGGACGCGGCCAACAACUACGCGCGCGGCCACUACACCGUUGGCAAGGAGAUCGUGGAGCCGGUGCUCGACCGCAUCCGCAAGCUGGCCGACAACUGCUCGGGGCUGCAGGGCUUCCUGAUCUUCCACAGCUUCGGCGGCGGCACGGGCUCGGGCUUCACCUCGCUGCUCAUGGAGCGCCUCUCCGUCGACUACGGCAAGAAGUCCAAGCUGGAGUUCUCCGUCUACCCGGCGCCGCAGGUGUCCACCGCCGUGGUGGAGCCCUACAACUCCAUCCUCACCACCCACACCACGCUGGAGCACUCGGACUGCUCCUUCAUGGUGGACAACGAGGCCAUCUACGACAUCUGCCGCCGCAACCUGGACAUCGAGCGGCCCUCCUACACCAACCUCAACCGCCUCAUCGGCCAGAUCGUGUCGUCCAUCACCGCCUCGCUGCGCUUUGACGGCGCCCUCAACGUCGACCUCAACGAGUUCCAGACCAACCUGGUGCCCUACCCGCGCAUCCACUUCCCGCUGGUCACCUACGCGCCCGUCAUCUCGGCCGAGAAGGCCUACCACGAGCAGCUGUCUGUCGCCGAGAUCACCAACGCCUGCUUCGAGCCGGCCAACCAGAUGGUGAAGUGCGACCCCCGCCACGGCAAGUACAUGGCCUGCUGCGUGCUCUACCGCGGCGACAUCGUGCCCAAGGACGUCAACGCCGCCAUCGCCGCCAUCAAGACGCGCCGCACCAUCCAGUUCGUCGACUGGUGCCCUACCGGCUUUAAGGUUGGCAUCAACUACCAGCCGCCCACCACGGUGCCAGGCGGCGACCUGGCCAAGGUGCAGCGCGCAGUGUGCAUGCUGAGCAACACCACGGCCAUUGCCGAGGCUUGGGCCCGCCUGGACCACAAGUUCGACCUCAUGUACGCCAAGCGCGCCUUCGUUCACUGGUACGUGGGCGAGGGCAUGGAGGAGGGCGAGUUCGCGGAGGCUCGCGAGGACAUGGCUGCACUGGAGAAAGACUACGAGGAGGUGGGCGUCGACUACGCCGACGGGGACGGAGAAGAGUGCGAAGAGUACUAGGGCCACCGUCGUCAUCGUCGUCGUCGUCGUCAGCCGUGAUCUAUCCACCAUUGCGUGCUAAGUGUGCAUCAUCACCCCCAUCACAAGUAGUUCCGUGAGGACCUCUUCCACGGCCCAUUCCCUGACGACACAUUGCGGCGAUCCACUGUUUACUGUGAGAGUACACGUUGUAUCUGUCUUGUCGCGAUACAAAUACAAGAUGGUUAAGAUUUGUAUUUUCAUGAAAUCAUUAAAAACGUGUAUUUGAAAGUAGGCGCUGAUGUAGAGUGGAUACUUUGUUGAUGAGGCUUAGUUUGUUUUGCUUGCUUCAAACUGAAAACACGAUCAGAACCUUGGGGCCACUUUAUGCCUUCGCAUACCGCACACAGAAGCCUACGCAGAGCCCACGUCUGAGCAAUCAACUUGGUUGCAUGCAACUGAACUGCAUACAUGUGGACGUAUCUGCAACCGAUUGCUCAACGACGAUUGAUUUUCAGACCGAAUAUCUCAACAAUUAACCUGUCGUAAUAUCACCUCCAGACUUUUUGACAGCCAGGAAGUGUUUAUUCUGGACAUCGGCAUUUUUUAAAAAUCUAAAUAAUUUAAACACGCGUAUUUAUUAUUUAGAUUAUUUGGCUGAUAUACAUUUCCACAUGAGCGACUUUGUUGAGCUAUCAUUUGUGGCCAAGUUGCUGUUGAAAAAUAAGCUAAUAGCUCAAUGGGCUUCAUAUGGUAAAAUAACAAAGUAUUUUUUAAAAUGUUUUUUAUCAUUUUGUUACCUUUCCUACACUUUGCACUCCUAUCGUGUUUGUUGUAUCGUUUGUUGUUGUAACGUUCUGACCCCAUGCCCCUACUGGACAUCUGUGAAGAAGAGAUGUAUAGCUCUUCGGAUUCCUGCAGUAUAAAUAAAUAUUCUGAUUGUGAUUAAAUCAAAGG